UCACUCAUUUAAUUAAUCUUGCUCCUACGUUCUCAUUAUUUUUCCUCAUUUAGAGCUUCUCACUUUUACGCUGCACCUCGCUUUCACUCUCUAUCUCUCUCUCCUCCAUUGAAGCAGCUUUUCAGAUUAUAGGAUCACUAGAAUAAGCAUAUAUGUUGAAACUUCUUUGAAAGAGUUGAAAUUAGAAAGCUGAAAAUUUUUUGGAAUCAUGGGAAGCUUGUAUUUUGUAUUUGGAUGACUUAAAAUCCGAGUACAAUAUCAAUAUCAUCCAAUUAUGUCCGAGAAAUGCUCUCUGCCUUUCAGGAGGUAAUUUCCCUUUAUGGUUUAUUUUUCAAACUUCUGCUUUAAGAAUGAAAUCAAGAGUCAGUAGUGAAGCUAGGACUCAGAGGCCUAAGAAUGUUCAAGGAGAGGGACCGAAUUGGGUGCUCGUUGUAGGUGGUGCCUUAUUAAGUACAUUAUCUGUACGUCUCGGAUUCAAAUUGAAACAGGCACUUGAUUCUAAACAGCAAGACAAUUCUGUCUUGAAAGGUAAUGAAAGAACUGCUGGACGGAGGUUGGGAAAUUGUCGCUCAAAUUCAAGCUUGCAUUCUUAUGGAUUGGAUGAGAAUAACUGCUAUAAUUGUGCUUCAGGUAGCGAUUACCACAAGAUUACUACCUUUGGAGAACGUGUUACAGAGGUUAAGAGCUCUUCAAACGGCCCUAUUAUGACAGAACCUGAGGUGUCACUACCUUUAGUGACUGUUCCGGCACCUGAAUACAGCAUGGUUUGGGUAUCGUCUCCAGAGCGUGGUGACCCACCUCCAAAACCGUUUCAACAUUCAAGUAAUUCUGACUCACCAUGUGUCUCUGAAUCUGGCUCUGACAUGUUUAGUAAGCGGGAUGUAAUACAGAAACUCAGGCAGCAGUUGAAGCGUAGAGAUGAUUUGAUAGUGGAGAUGCAGGAUCAGAUUGCCGAACUACAGAAUGCCCUUAAUGCGCAGAUGUCUCAUUCUGAUAACUUACAGUCACAACUUGAUGCUACAAACAAGGAACUCUUUGAUUCCGAGAGAGAGAUCCAACGACUGAGGAAAGCUAUUGCAGAUCAUUGCUUGGCACAUGGGGACCCUAACGAAAAGCUUUCAACCACAACUUCACCGGCAGAGAAAAGAAAUGGUCAUGCCAAUGGGUACCUUAAUGGGGAUGCCAAUUUUGGGUUCCAUGAGAAAAGCGGGGAUGAUGAAAGAAUUCAAAUGCUAAAAAAAGAAAUCAGAGGGUUGAAAGAAAUAAUUGAAGGGAAAGACUAUCUAAUAGAAGGGUUCAAGGAGCAGAAGGAUGAGCUCUCUUCCAAAAUGAAGGAACUGCAACAGAGAUUAGAUUCUCAGCUUCCACAUAUAUUGUAGACGAAUCCUUUUUCUUAAUACUGCCCCUGCAUCCCCCUUUCUCAUUUCUUUUUAUUUAGCGAGGAAUUUAGGAUUAUAGUGUUGGGGGAACUUUUGUUCCUCUUUCCCAAAUUCGUUUGUGUGCUAAGGCUUUGAGCUGUAUAUAUAUCUUGCACGCGCUAGUGAAUGUUGUCAGGUAAUUUUUUUAUUUA